UAUAUCCAAACCGUAAAACUUCAUAAACCCUAAAAAUUUUGUGCGUCCAUUACUAAAACUGCUAUUUGCUGCUUGGCUGGUGAGAAAAUGCGAGAAAGUUUGCCUAAUUUUUCUGGCUAUCACAUUCCAGUUUCAAAUGAAUUGCGAGAUUCUGCUUCGGGGUUUCUACAGAGAGAGCAGAUAAAACCAUUACAAUCUGGGUCUUAUGGCUUGGAUAAUAUUUCGAGUAUUGGUGUUCGUACUGAACCUGUCAUCAGUGAAGUAAUAGCUGGAGCUAGUGGAAAUGGUUACCCAUCUGUUGAAGAUACAAAGUUACCAAGGCAAAGACGGGAUGCAUCAGUUAACAUUAUCUCAUCCGUGCCGGACUUGAUAAAUGGAAGGCCCAGUCCUUCGAGAAAUGUUGAUGGCCCUUCAAUAUCAAGAGGGGAAUCGAACAUUUUGUUUGUUGAUGGGCUCCCUACUGAUUGCACUAGAAGAGAAGUAGGCCAUCUUUUCCGUCCAUUUAUUGGAUACAAAGACAUCAAAGUUAUUCACAAGGAGCCCAGACGUACUGGAGACAAGGCAAUGGUCUUAUGCUUUGUGGAGUUUGUUGACACAAAGUGUGCUAUAACUGCCAAGGAAGCUCUUCAAGGGUACAGGUUUGAUGAUAGGAAACCUGACUCCCCUGUCUUGAAAAUUCAUUUUGCACACUUUCCUUUCCGGCUUCCAUCAGAUCAUGAUGAACAGCGUGUUGGUAUCCUGCGGUGAUCACAAGUUCAUGAUGGAGUGAGACUGGAACUUGUAGCUUUGUAUUUGUUAUGAUAUGAAGAGACGCUGCUAUUGCACGAUGUGCAAUUUCUACGUGGGUGUGCCACGGGCGGCAUAGAAUGCUCCUUUGUAUUUGAAGAUCCAGUGUUGUGACAGUAUGGAACUUAAAGGUUGUAUUAUUGUGUAACAGAUGCCUACCGAUCCAAUUCUAUUGUUUUUUAUCAAUUAAUCAGAGGUGUAGUUGCAAGCUUAAGCCAUUCAUUUGUGUUGGGACUUAACCAAUUAUAUAUGAUUUGAUUUGUUUUUAUAUAUUGCA